AUGGUUGCCUCCACCUUGCUAAGCGGCUUCAUCGCCGCCCUGGCCAUGGGCUCAACGGCCUCUGCCCUCCCCUCGAAGCCCUCGUCUUCCUCCCACCGCCGCCGCGAUGACGGCGCCCCCGGCACCACCACCAUCACCUGGAACGGCAACGACUACGAGGUCGGCUACGACCCGGAGAGCGCGGCUGCCCUCUUCGCCGACGCUCCCGCACCCGCAGCCCCGAUCCAGGAGCUGAGCCACGCCGACUUUGCCGGACUCAUGGGGCUCAACGCCACCGAGGCGGUCGACUUCUUCGUCGGCACCGACCCCCAGUCGGGUGCUGCCUCGGACAAGCGCGACGUUGUCGACUCCUGGCGCCAGACCAGCGGGGACUUCCCCUGGCGAGCCAUUGGCCGCUUUACGUGGCCCGAGGGCGUCAUCUGCAGUGGCACUCUGGUUGGACCUCGUCUUGUCCUUACCGCGCAGCACUGCAUUCCGCUUUCUGGGGGUGUUCUGACCAUACUCCACAGCGAGGACAACCACGCCAUCAGGUUCUCACCGUUGUUCAACAACGGCAACGACAACGCCUAUGGCAGCUUCUGGCCCACGCAUUAUUUCAAGCCGUCGCGCGGCCAGGGAGACUGUGAGCUCAAGUCGGACUGGGCGAUCGUCGUACUCGCCGAUCGCGCCGGCGACCGCACCGGCUACCUCGGCGCCCGCGCCCCGGGCGAUGAUAUGAAGGACUGGCCUUUUAUUCAUUCAUGCGGCUACCCUGGUAGCAAGGAGAACGGAGGUAGCUUGUACUGCCAUGACACGAUCACAAUGGACCGCUACGGCGGUUGUGGCCCCGACGGCCCCCUGUGGACGAACGCCAAGGUCGCCGGUGGCCAGUCUGGAAGCUCCAUCUGGGCUCCUUGGGGAUACACUCCUUACCACGUCUUUGGCGUUGUGAGCGUGGCCUAUUUCUCGGUCCCCGACGGAGUGCAUCUCGGGUCUGGCGAGGCGUCUGGCCAGGACAUUGCCGAUGCGGUCGCUCAGCUGCGUAACGACUUCCAGUCCCAGAGACGACAUGAGAUUCCCAGCGUCGAUGCAGUGCUCCGAUUUGCCUAUCACCCCAGAUACGGCAGAGGUCCACGCCACAUUGCCGGCAACCUCGCUCUCACCACUCCGCCAGUCGACCAGGUCAAAUACGUCUACAUACCUGCGUUUCUUGACGGUCUUGGUGCAUAUAUCCGCGAUGCACGAGAAAUUAUCAACGGAGGCGGCGCGCUUGAGGCUCUUCGCGCGCGGACGGUUGAGUUUGUUACCUUCUGUGACACCAUGGCAAAGUUUUACCAGAAGCACAACUUCAUCCUUGUGCACAUUGCGAAACACGGCAUGUCACAAGCACGUGUACUCUACCAUCAAGAGGAAGCGUUCAGACGCGUUCUGGAUGAUAUUGACGGCCCUUGGCUCGACCUUCGCGAUGUGUCGUCUGGUGCUGCAAUCAUCAUGUCAACCAGCCAUAGUGUGAAGGCUCGGCUUAGAGCAUUGGCGCAAGCCCUGCAAACUGAGUGGAAUGUCUAUUUGGCUGAAAGCAAAGACGGAUGUUUUUGGUUUGAUACAGCAUGUUCGAUGCCGCGAACCUGGAGCUGGCGCGUGUGCAAGACUGAAAUGUGCUUGCGCUUUGAGAGAAUGAGAAGGUCCUGCAACAGGCACGAUGUUACCGAAGCAUGCGCGACACUGUGCAACAACCCACAAGCUGGCGAAUGGAGUGGCGAGUUCAAAGAGGAGCUCGUGCUUGCACUUUCUGACUUCCUCUCCCUGCCCAUUGUUGGCGUCGUCUGCCACCCUCUCACGUUCUCCAUUGGGCACGCUGAACAUGGUGAGACCAUGCCCCCCGAACCCAUUGUUUUCGACGUGACCUCGGAUGAGGCAAACGCUCUCGCCGACAGAGAAGAAAUGCAAUCCGAGGACCGACUGGCCAAUUUGCAGGAUGGAGAUGAAGAUCUCCCACUCGAAGAUGAGGAGACUUCGGUCCCGACACUCGACGAAGAGGACACCCUCACUCCUCGCGCUCACGCUGGCCGAUCCGGCGAUAAUGCCAGUCCUCCUGCCGACGAGGCUGAUGAGUCGGAUCCCACCACGCCCACUAGACCCGCGAAAGCGUUAUCAAUCAUUUCGGAAAGCACCCGCCGCCGCCGCCGCCUAAGCGCUCUCUCCAACCCGAGCGAGCAGCCGGGCCAAGGUCUUCUUCAGAGCCCGCGACCUCACGCGUCGCACCGUCAACGUACUAACUGGCCCUUCGGUAACCCUGCUCACUACAUUCCGUCGACCCGCCAGGACGGACUCGACGCUAUUCCACACGGCCUCAGCCACCCCCCCAACAACCACGCAGGGCUAGAGCACGAUCUGGGCAGACUCGGGAUCAGUGGCGGGUCCAGGGAGGGCCCGGCUCGCGAGCCUUCUGACGAUGACGAUCCGUUCCGCGAUAGGUCCAGCUCCAGCUCUGAGCCUGUGACACCUCCCGUGAUCACUGGCGCGGCCAGGCCCAGCGGUGUCCCCCACCGCAGCCUCGUCUCUCAGACGGCCGAGUUUGUGGCGUCAAUUGAAGCUUUUAUGGGCAACCCGACUGUCGCGCGUCUGGCUCGCGAAAUGUUCGCUGCCGCGCUGUCGGAGAACCACCUCGAGCUUAUUCACACGAAAAUUGCUCUCGAGUCUAUCAUUUUCCCGCCUUCUACCAUUUUCGCCCACUGGAACAAUGACAGCGACAGUGACAGUAAUGGGGAUGAUAAUAAUGAAGGUAAUGAAGAUGCAGAGGGCGGCGACGUUUAG